AUGGAUCGUCGCGGAGCAUUUCAAGGUGGUUUCGGUAGCGGCAGUAUCGGUAGUUUUGAUAGUCACGCUUCAGUUGAUCAUGCUGAGAGACGGUCCAGUUCAAUGAGAAAUCAAGGUGGUGGUCCACGGCGAAUAGGUAGUGGUUUACGUCGUAUAACGCUCGACUGGGAUAGGCCAUGGAUUCCGGUAACAAAGCUUGGUCGUUUGGUGAAAGAUGGGCGAGUAGGUACAAUCGAUGAGAUCUAUCGUAGAUCGAUACCAAUUCUUGAAUACCAAAUUGUGGACCUAUUGGUGCCAAAUCUAAAGGAGCAGGUAUUGAAAAUUCUUCCGGUACAAAAGGAGGUCCGAAGUGGAUUGCGCACUCGAUUCCGGGCGUUUGUUGCCAUUGGUGACAAGAAUGGACAUGUGGGUCUCGGAAUGCAGUGCGCGAAGCGUGUCAGCACUGCAAUUAGACGUGCGAUUUAUCGUGCUAAAACAGCGGUGGUGCCUGUACGACGGGCUUAUUGGCAUACGGAACACGGCCUGCCUCAUACUAUACCGUGCAAGAUAAUGGUUCAUUACUGUAAUGUGCGAGUAACACUUUAUCCAGCUCCUCGCGGUACCGGUAUUAGUGCACCACCCAUAGUGCAGAAACUGCUGCACUUAGGUGGGAUUCAGGAUUGCUAUACGUCAGCAUCCAGUUAUACAACGCUAGGUCCAGUUGUAAAGGCUACAUUUCUUGCCAUUCAGCGUGCUUACUUGUUUGAACCGGAAAGUGAGAAGAUUGAUGAGGAUAAUAUUUUUCCGAAACUGAUGCCAUUAGUUACUUCAUGA